AUCCGCUAAUAUUUUAUAGUAUAAUUAAGAGUAGAGUAUUUUACGAGUAUGACUGAAGCACGAAUUCCUAAAAGAAAUUCUCGGUUUUUAGUCACUCCUGUGGACCCAGCCGAGUUUACGCAAACAAGCGAUCCCCCUUCUAAUGUCCUGGUAAACGGCAGUAACUUCGCUGACGCUUCUAUUCCAUUUGAUAUUUUGAAGCAAGCAGAAACUCCAGAUAAAUUUCCGGAGAACGAGAUCUCUCCAGACUUGGCAAGACUUGAGCAAUCGAACUCUAGCAUCCAGCAAUUAUAUAGCCAAGUUAUACACCUUAAAGAAGAGGAGAAGAAACGCUAUGAUACUCUUGUAGAAACUGUGCGCAUGCUCUCCUCGAGAGUAAGCGCACAAAAUAAAAAAAUUGAAAUGCUCGAGGAACUGGUGACCAAAAACCAUUUAAAAAUACUUCAGAAUUCAGACACCGUAAAGAAAUUCAAAAACAUUAGCUCUUAG